AUUUGUUUUUUACCCCGAAACCAUUAAUCUAUAAAGGUAAUUUAAUUUAAUUUCGAAAAUUACAACAAUUAAACUAGAGCACAAUUCAAAUGUGUGUUUAAGUGCUCCACAGUUUGAGAUGACUUUGCUCAGUGUAACGCGACAUUUGACAGUCUGAGCAAGCAUUCGCUAUGGAGAACUCUACGAAAUUCCGGAUAGAAAAUGCUAUAAUAAUGCUCCUUACGCUCAGUUACUCGGUCAACUGUAAGUGUUUAACGUUUUAGUUUAAAACAAAUUAUUAUUGCACCAAGAUUGUGAUCGUGUCAAAUGUAGUGUGUGUGUUUGUAAAGCGACAAAACAUAAACAAAUGAAUAAACACGUAUGUUAACCAACGCACAAGUGUUGUGGGGGGAAGUAAUGUGUGUCAUGUAAACACUUCCAACACAAUCGAUAGCAUCGCUGGACCUAAUCGGAUGACAAACGUCAGUGGCCCAGAUAUUUUAAUUUGUUGGAAUUUGUUGAAAUUAACAAAGCGUAGUGACGACGACAAGAGUUAAUUGUGAUUGCUGAUAAAAUUGUGUUUAUUUAUUAGUUCAAACAGCUUUUGCAAGUCAGCGUUAGGAAAUGGACUUUUGUUAUAGCAAGAAGCUUUUUUAAUGCAAGGAUCUGUCUAGGAGUGCUGGUGCAUAGCAAACAGCUUGAACGCAAUAACAUUAUAGCAAUCAGCUUUUUAAAGCAAGGAUCUGCCCAGGAGUGCUGACAUCCUCUCUGCCUCAUAGCAAGCAGCUUUAACGGAAGUGCGUCGUAGCGAGCAGCUUUUGUUGCGCUCGCUCGCCCGUUGCUCACUGAACCGGCCCUGCAUAACUGGGCGCCCAACGAUUUACAGCAGAUAAUUAUCUGCAGAAGUCAACAAACGUUGGCAGGCAUCAAAAUUGUGUUAUAAUUGAAUAAUUUAACAAAUAUGAAAUCGCCGUAGUUGGCUGACUGCAAUCAAAUACCGUCCACUUAGUUAGUCGCUGACCAACAUUGGGCACAAUUGGCAGCAUGUUGCUGGAGGAGUUCUGCGUGAAGGUCUAUUGGUGGCCAUUUCUCUCGUAUUUGGCCAGCAUCAAAGGACUGUGUCCGCUGUAUCCGACAGGUUACUAUCCCAUCUAUCCGCUGCCACCGCCGCCGCCACCACUGCCUCCGUCACAGCCAGUUACACUAAUUCCAUUCCCGUCGUCCACGUCCGCAGUGAUACCGACGUUUCAACCCACGCCGCCGCCUCUAACGCUGCCACCGUUCCCACCACCGCUCACCACAACAACCACUACGACCACGUCGACAUCGUCCACGUCAUCGACGACAACAAGUGCUGCCACCACAACGACGAGCACGGCAGGCACAACGCUGCCAGUGCCCACCACGUGUCCAACGCAACCUUUUGUUUGCCUGCCCGGUGGCGUGCCUCCGUUGCCCAAUUGUCCCUGCAUCGAUCCUCGCCAGCAGCAGCAACAACAGCAACAGUUGAGAGCCACCGUUGGCUCGGAUAUGAUGAUCUUUGUGCCGCUUAAUCCAGGUCGACGUCGCCGUCGUCGGCCCCAGCAACAGAGCUGCUAUGAUGCACGUUCCCGCUCCGGGACCUGUGUCCCUCUCACCUCCUGCGCCCAGCUGCUUGAGCAGGUGCAGACAGGCGCCUCCAGCGAGUUUCAAACAUUUUUGGGUCAAUCCAUUUGUGGCUUUGAUGGCUCCAGUUUUCUGGUUUGUUGUGCCGAGCAGCGUGCGCCGCUGAUUAGCCGCAGUCCCAAGGAGUAUGUGCCGCCCACUAGCUCAUCACUGGGUGCCUUUCAAUUCUCUCCUUUGGGUGUUCCAACUAUACAGAGUCCGCAGUCCACGCCGAUGGUUUUUCAGCCCACGCCGCCGCUUAAUCAAGGUGCGUUGGUCAUCAGACCAACUCCAGCUUUGCCAGUUCCAGGUUUUCCUCAGCUUCCCCCCUCCAGCAACAGCGUUUGCGGUAUUGGCGGUGCCACCACAAAUCGUGUGGUGGGUGGUUUGCCGGUUCGAAAAGGAGCUUAUCCCUGGAUGGCAGCUCUUGGAUACUACGAUGAAAACAACCGCAGUGCACUGAAGUUUCUCUGCGCUGGCAGCUUGAUCAGCUCCCAGUUUGUGAUCACCUCGGCGCACUGCAUCAAUCCCACUCUGACUUUGGUGAGACUUGGUGCCCAUGAUCUGACCAAAGCUGCAGAGCAGGGUGCCAUUGAUUAUCGCAUCAGGCGUAGCAUUGUGCAUGAGAACUUUGAUUUGGCUUCCAUUGCGAAUGAUAUUGCGUUGAUCGAGCUGAACGGCGAGGCGCCAUCUAACGGCGACAUUCGACCCAUUUGUUUGCCCGAGGGCAACAAUUUUCAGCGCGAAGAUGCAUUUGUUGGCAUGCAUCCAUUUGUGGCAGGUUAUGGGGCAACUAAACAUCAGGGCGCCACAUCGAAUGUGCUACGUGAUGCUCAGGUGCCGAUUGUGUCGCGUCAGAGCUGCGAACAGAACUAUAAAUCUGUUUUUCAGUUUGUCCAGUUCAGCGACAAGUUAAUUUGCGCCGGCAGCUCCACUGUGGACGCCUGUCAGGGGGAUUCCGGUGGACCACUUAUGAUGCCUCAGCUCGAUGGAGGCGGUUAUCGUUUUUACUUGCUGGGCAUUGUCUCCUUUGGCUACGAGUGCGCCAGACCAGGAUUUCCUGGAGUGUAUACGAGAGUUAGCAGUUACUUGGGCUGGAUUCACAAUAAAUUACACUCCCAAAGGGGCAAAAGGCGCUGAUCCCAUUCAAAUCUAUCUUUCUACCAUACACACAUUUAAUAUUUACUACUUAAUAAAGAAAAUCAAAUUUAAUUGA